AUGGUGAAAUUUUGUGGGGAGAUAGCGGGGACUGAGAGGUUGAAAAUCAUACGUUACCAUGCUAUGUUAAAGGCUGAAUAUCGGGAGUUCGUAAAUCCCUCCAAGUGUGCAACGUUGAACGAAUUAAUCGACUGGGCAAGAGAUAGGAAGAUUGAGAUAAAAAGACAGGUUGAAAGGGGAGAAAAAAGGGUGGCGGAGAAGUCUACCAACACAAACCCAUCGAAAAAGGCAAGAUUUCAAGACCAAAACAGAAAAGGGAAAACGAGUAGUGGAAUUCCGACUUGCAAGACAUGUGGAAAGCAUCAUUCGGGUGAAUGCUUUUGGGAAAGAAAGGAUGCUAUAAAUGUGGGCAAGAGGGACAUCCCGGAAUGUCCGAAACUCCAACAAGGGGCAAAGAAAGAUGGAAAGAAGGAUGAGUCUUCCAAGGCUCGUGGGAGGAUGUUCCAGUUAACCUCGGAUGAAGCUAAGACUAGCCCGGAUGUGGUCUCAGGUAUAUUCUUGGUUAAUUCUAUGCCUAUGAAUGUAUUAUUUGAUUCCGGGGCUAGUAGAUCGUUUACUUCUAAUGAAUUGUUAGUUCAUCCAUCUUUUAAGCUUGAAAAGAUGAUAGUACCCUUAGAAGUGGAAGUUGCUGAUAGUAAAAGCUAUUUGUUACAUGAUAUUUGUAGAAACUGUAAGAUCUUAAUCGAAGAUGAGGAAUUUAGUAUAGAUCUUGUCCCGAUGUACAUGGGGGAAUUUAAAGUAGUUGUAGGAAUGGAUUGGCUUGCCCAAAACCACGCUGAAAUUCAAUGUGAAAAGAAAGUCAUUCAUGUAGUAACCUCGGGGGGAAACGGGUAA